GGUUCUUUAGCCUUCAGCUAGGACCAAGAAGAAGGGGCCCAUAAGGAAAUCAUACACUUUCAAGGGCUUCCUAACUGGGCUUUAGAAUACAGGGUUGGCCCUUUUUAGUUUCCUCAUUAGUCAUUACAUACAGUUUCCACAGCACAGCAGCGACGUCGUUUCGACAAAGUUUAAACCAUUUUACAGAGAGAAAAAAAUAGCAGCAGAAGAAAAUGGAGGAAGACAAAGCCGCGGCGUACUACGACGAGCUGAGUCGCAAAGGCCAAGGCGCCGCCAGGUUCAAACAAGGCCUCGGCUUUUCCUCCUCCUCUUCUGCCUCAGAGGCCAAAGCUCCGCCGUCGAGAGGCUCGGCUUUGCCUUCCGCCUCCUCUUUCCUCAGCUCCUUCGUCAGAGCCUCCAGCCCCUCCAAGGCCUCCAAGCUCGAAAAGCAAGCUCAGCUCGAAUCCAUUCAAAACAAGCUCAAGAAGAAACCCACCUCAGAUAAACAAGAAAAACACUCUAGGGCUUAUGAGAAAACCGACAGAGACAGGCAUUCGAGGAGGCGAAGUAGGAGCAGAGAGAGUCACAGAGAUAGAGAUAGAGAUAGAGACAGAGACAGGGAUAGGGAUAGGGACAGGGACAGAGAGAGGAAGAGGAGGAGGAGCGUGUCGCCGCGAGAGAGGAGGAGAUCGGAGAAGAGUAGAGGCGAAGAUAAGGAUAGGGAUAGAGUUGAUUUUUCUAAGUUGAUUGAAGGCUAUGACAAAAUGACACCAGCUGAAAGAGUCAAAGCCAAGAUGAAACUUCAGCUUGCUGAAACUGCUGAAAAGGAUGAAACAAAGGGCAUGGGCUCAGGUUGGGAACGGUUUGAAUUCAACAAAGAUGCUCCACUUGAUGACGAGGAGAUUGAAGCUGCAGAAGAUGAUAAAGCAUUAGUCAAGCACAUUGGCCAGAGCUUUCGCUUUUCUGCAGUCGAGACAAGAAGAGAGGAACAAAUUAAAGCUGCUCAUGAUGAGGCCAUGUUUGGAGCAUCAUCAAUUCUGCCUUCCAUUAGUACAGAGAGUGAGCCUGAAAUGGAGGACAACAAAGAGGAAAAUGGCCCUGUUACAAGCCUCUUAAGUGAUAAAGUACUAGCAAAGCAACAAGGAUCUUGGCGUGACCGUGCUCGUAAAGUGUAGGAUAGAUCAACAAGCUGAUCGGCAGCAUCAGCGACUAACCAAAAGAGUCUCAUGUAAGUAUUUCAUCAAUCAUGCCAGACUCGCCAGAGGCGUAUGCCAUGCAUGUAUGUUGAAGUUAAUUGGAAGAAACCUAUGCCUCUGAAUGAAUCUGUGCAUGACCGAGUAUGUUAUUGUUGCUACUUGUUGGCGUUGUACAGUUAAGCUUGAUGGUGAAAAGAUUCUGAUAUCAUCCAAAUUUUGGGGUAUGAAAGAGGAAAAGUCCAUGUUUCUUUGUAACAAAUUUGUGAGAAGUAGGAGCUUUUUUGCAUAUUUUGUUUGAA